GUCUUCUUCAGUAUGCCCGCGGAGCUUGGACUGUGCCCGAGCAGGGCGUCAUUUCUGCCAGCCAGGCAGCUCCCACUGCGGCCCCUGCCUCAACCCGCUGGUAGAGAACUCACAUGGCAGAUGCAUAGUGAAAAGGAGACACACUCACGCCCCCCAUUUUGGUAUGUUCACUUAUCCCUACUAAUGCCAAUGCAUUGCUGUUUCACUGCUAGUGUAGAAACAGUAGCCAAAGCCACAAAACACCUCUCGUAGCAAGCCUUGACCAAGCCUUUGGGCCAAAUAUCCCCUCUCCUUCUGAAAUUCUAAAGAUGCUGAGUGUAGGUGUACCCAAUGUUCCCUCUAAGCUGCUCUCCCAGGACUGCCGCGCAGAAGAAAUAUCUGCCUGUGCAGAGAAACACGAGAUUGAACUUCACUCAACUUUCUAGAGUUUUCCCCGUUAGUUAACACUAUCAACGUUUCCCUUUACUGUGGGAAUUGUGAUCGAAUCAACUCAAUAUUAGUCAUUUUCAAUGCAACAUACCGAAACAAAACGAACAAUGAAAGACUUAUGGUGUUUCUUAAAAAGCAUACUACUAUGCUCCGAGCACGCAAAUUGGAGCAUGGGAUGGUCGGAGUAUGUCCAAGUAUGCGAAAUGGAGGAUGGAGGGCACUUUUCGAAUGCAUACUCUGUUUGUACAUAUUUUAAAGCAUGGAUCAAUGCAAGCUUCAACGGAAAUUAUGCAAAGAAAUAAAAAAUGCAACCACGUACAAAAUGAUGUAACAUUUCUUUUAAAUCAAUGGUGGCUGUUAUUUAAGCUGAAGCGAGAGAAAAAACACUCCGCCAUCGGAAUGAAAUGUUUGAUACGUUAAUAAAUACAGUUGAUGUCGGAAGUUUACAUACACUUAGGUUGGAGCCAUUAAAACUCAUUUUUCAACCACUCCACAAAUUUCUUGUUAACAAACUAUAGUUUUGGCAAGUCUACUUUGUGCAUGACACAAGUAAUUUUUCCAACAAUUGUUUACAAACAGAUUAUUUCACUUAUAAUUCACUGUAUCACAAUUCCAGUGGAUCAGAAGUUUACAUACAUUAAGUUGACUGUGCAUUUAAACAGCUUGGAAAAUUCCAGAAAAUGAUGUCAUGGCAUUAGAAGCUUCUGAUAGGCUAAUUGACAUCAUUUGAGUCAAUUGGAGGUGUACCUGUGGAUGUAUUUCAAGGCCUACCUUCAAACUCAGUGCCUCUUUGCUUGACAUCAUGGGAAAAUCAAAAGAAAUCAGCCAAGACCUCAGAAACAAAAUUGUAGACCUCCACAAGUCUAGUUCAUCUUUGGAGCAAUUUCCAAACGCCUGAAGGUACCACGUUCAUCUGUACAAACAAUAGUACGUAAGUAUAAACACCAUGGGACCACGCAGCCGUCAUACUGCUCAGGAAGGAGACGCGUUCUGUCUCCUAGAGAUGAACGUACUUUGGUGUCUAAAAGUGCAAAUCAAUCCCAGAACAACAGCAAAGGACCUUGUGCAGAUGCUGGAGGAAACAGGUACAAAAGUAUCUAUAUCCACAGUAAAAUGAGUCCUAUAUCGACAUAACCUGAAAGGCCGCUCAGCAAGGAAGAAGCCACUGCUCCAAAACCGCCAUAAAAAAGACAGACUACGGUUUGCAACUGCACAUGGGGACAAAGACCGUACUUUUUUGAGAAAUGUCCUCUGGUCUGAUGAAACACAAAUAGAACUGUUGGGCCAUAAUAACCAUUGUUAUGUUUGGAGGAAAAAGGGGGGUCUUGCAAGCCGAAGAACACCAUCACAAACGUGAAGCACGGGGGUGGCAGCAUCAUGCUGUGGGGGUGGUUUGCUGCAGGAGGGACUGGUGCACUUCACAAAAUAGAUGGCAUCAUGAGGAAGGAAAAUUAUGUGGAUAUAUUGAAGCAACAUCUCAAGACAUCAGUCAGGAAGUUAAAGCUUGGUCGCAAAUGGGUCUUCAAAAUGGACAAUGACCCCAAGCAUACUUCCAAAGUUGUGGCCAAAACCGCCAUUAAAAAAGCCAGACUACGGUUUGCAACUGCACAUGGGGACAAAGAUCGUACUUUUUGGAGAAAGGUCCUCUGGUCUGAUGAAACAAAAAUAGAACUGUUUGGCCAUAAUGACCAUCGUUAUGUUUGGAGGAAAAAGGGUGUGGCUUGCAAGCCGAAGAACACCAUCCCAACGGUGGCAGCAUCAUGCUGUGGGGGUGCUUUGUUGCAGGAGGGACUGGUGCACUUCACAAAAUAAAUGGCAUCGUGAGGAAGGAAAAUGAUGUGGAUAUAUUGAAGCAACAUCUCAAGACAUCAGUCAGGAAGUCAAAGCUUGGUCGCAAAUGGGUCUUCCAAAUGGACAAUGACCCCAAGCAUACUUCCAAAGUUGUGGCAAAAUGGCUUAAGGACAACAAAGUCAAGGUAUUGGAGUGGCCAUCACAAAGCCCUGACGUCAAUCCUAUAGAACAUUUGUGGGCAGAACUGAAAAAGCGUGUGCGAGCAAGGAGGCCUACAAAGCUGACUCAGGUACACCAGCUCUGUCAGGAGGAAUGGGCCAAAAUUCACCCAACUUAUUGUGGGAAGCUUGUGGAAGGCUACCCGAAACGUUUGACCCAAGUUAAACAAUUUAAAGGCAAUGCUACCAAAUACUAAUUGAGUGUAUGUAAACUUCUGACCCACUGGAAUGUGAUGAAAUGAAGUAAAAGCUGAAAUAAAUAAGUAUCUACUAUUAUUGUGACAUUUCACAUUCUUUAAAAUAAAGUGGUGAUCCUAACUGACCUAAGACAGGGAAUUGUUACUUGGAUUACAUGUCAGGAAUUGUGAAAAACUGAGUUUAAAUGUAUUUGGCUAAGGUGUAUGUCAAUUUCCAACUUCAACUCUAGCUAGCUAAGAGUUAUGAAGUGAAAUGGUUGCUUGGUGUACUGUAUAUAUUAUUUUGUCUCUAUAACCAUUGUCCUGGCUGGAAGACGGGUCAGUGAAUGGGUAAGUCCAUAGUAAGUCAAUAGGGCUAACUUUCUAGGUAGCCAUGAAGAAUUGGUAGCUACCCACAAAAAAUGUACAUCUACCUUGCAUAACAUUUAGUUUUAGGUCAUUUUUGCCUGUGUAGCUAGAUUAUUACGAUUCAAAUAUCUAGCUGAUAAUUAUGAAGUAAAAUGUUUGCUUUGUGUAUAUCUUAUUUUGUCUUGUUGCCAUUGUCCUGGCUGAAAGAAGGUUCAGUGAAUUGGGAGGUGAAGCGUGAGGUAAUACAGUAGGGGGAGUGCGAGUGCUUCUCAAAUGUAAUGUUUUAUGCAUUCUCCACACUCUCAUUCUCACAAGAGCGUACUCAAGAGAAUGUCGUCGGAGAAUGCACUCGUAGCAAAGUGUGGAGCACGGUAUUAUGCAUAUUGAAAAACACCCUUAGUAUGCCUAACUAACUAUGCAAGAGAUUUUGUUCUAAGCAUAACGCAUCGGAGUAGGAUUCUAUUGAAUUGAAAGGUAUGACUCAGGCCUGUACUCUACACAUACCGGUGUGCCAUAACCAAUCAGCGCUGCAGUAGGCCUAUAUGCAAAUAGACCAUUGCCAUAUAUGGAUCUGUGCCAUUCACUUUGAACUGGACUGUGUUUACAGCAUGAGCGGUCAUGAGUAGAUGCGCUUGUUUUGAGAUCAGUGAGAGUUACAUGUAGCCACUUGAUAAUACUUGUUAAUGUCAAGCCCUGCAUGUUUUUUUCAAUAGUCUAAUUGAAUGUAUGCCUACAUUGAACACCACACAUUGGCUGCCACUGUAGGCUGAAUGAUAGAAUAGGUAUUUCCAUGUUAAAAUGUUAUGGGAUGGAUUUCCUCCAUUUUCUCCUCUCUGAUAGGCCACUCUGAUAGGCCUACAUUAUGAUCAAAUAGCCACAGCAGUCUACUUGACCACUGUUAGAACUGUAACUUCAAGCGGGUACAGCUGCAGUGUUCACAGUAAACGAGCGCCGGAAGUUGCACAGAAUUUUCACAAUGUUCAAGUUUGCGCUUAGUAGACCUCAAAUUUGCACAGCGCCAAACAAUUUUUGAGGGAACAUUGGGUGUACCCCCACAAGAUUCAUCCAAAUAACCAGUGAUACAAAACGAGGGCACAGCAAGAAUUGUUCCACAUUAUCUGUCCUAUCUCACAAGAGACUAGUUUAAUGUAAAGAAGAGGUUAACAUUGCUCACUUUUAAUGGAUAAUAGCAGUGUGUCUCCCCUCAAGUCCCCCACUGCCUCAGACUUUAACAAGUGUUAAUGAAGCGGCGUAGGAGGUGCAUCAUCAGGGGACCGAGCUGAUAGCUCAGGAAAAUGGUCAGUUGUUCCAAUGGAGAGAGAGCCAGAGCAAUAGGAAAUGAUUCAUAAUGGUUCAAAAUGAGAAUGGAUGACUUUCAUAAAGUGGUACCGAUACAAACCCCUAAAGAUAUAUCAUAGAUGUAGUCAUAGGCCAGACAGACACUGGAGGGGGGCACCAGGAAAGCCCUACAUAAAGAAGGAAAGGAAUUAAUUCACACAGCCUCAUCACAACAGUCUAACCGAGUAUCCCUCAGCACAAAGAUUUAAAGAGUGGACUGUCUGCCAAGCAGGUUUUCCCUGAUCCACUGACUGAAAAUGCGUCCCAAAUGGCACCCUAAUCCCUAUAGAGCGUGCUACUUUUAACGCAAGAGUGCCAUUUGGGACGCAUCCGCUGACUGGCUCUAGAAGAGCUGAUGGUAAACAUUGUAAAUCACUAAGCAGAGGGUUAGAGAAGAACCCCUCUUCUUUCCCCUUCCUUCUCCACAUUACCUCUCUUCCUGUCUAUCACUCACUCUAUCCUCAUUUUCUUCUGACAGUUUAUAGUACAUCAAUACUCUUUCCUCUUUUCCUCUUGCUGUACUUCACACACUCUAUCCUCCUCCUCCUCUCCUUCUGAGCGAGCUCAUCCCAUUGAUAUUCUUGCCACUCCAUACACACUGAGCACACUGAUAUUGUGAGCAAUAGAUUGCCCUGCUGGAAACGAUAGGUCACUCGUAUGGAUGUCCCUGUUAACAAGGAUGUUGGUUGUGAUAUAGAUCAUGCUACCCAUUUAGACUUUGAGUAUCUGUCAUCCUGGGUUGCUUCCUAAAUAGCCCGGCUUCUGUUCAAAAGUAGUACACUAUAUAGUGAAUAAGGAUACCAGUUGAGACGUACCCCUGGAUUUGCAGGUAUACACACAGUCAAUUCGCAUUUAAAUGGGAUCCAUUUUCCUAAUGGCCAUUAUUUCUCUUCAGACACAUGGACCGCAGGCACAUGGCUGAAUUUAAUGGCUAAGAAUGCAUCUCACGCAAACCACUUUUUAUCUCUUCCACGCUUUCUGUCCCCUAGCUCUUCUUUCUCUUUUCUUCCCUCUAUCUCUCUCACAUUGCAUGACCACAGCAGGAGGUGAUGAUAAUAAUGCAGUGUGGAGGAGUGCAGCAGGUGUGGAGCACGGCAGGUGAUAACCAUAGAAAUAGAAUCUCUAACGUUAGGUUCCCAGCAUGCUCUUCAUUUGAUCUGUGGGUGGCUGAAGCUCUGGCUUGUUUUAAUGCUGAUCCCUAUGCCACACCAAGGUCAUGGCAUAUCCUCUCUCUCCCACUCACUUUCUCACUCAACGCAACAACAAUUUCAAGAAUUUUACUGAGUUACAGUUCAUAUAAGGAAAUCAGUCAUAUGAAAUAAAUCCAUUAGGCCCUAAUCUGUGGAUUUCACAUGACUGGGCAGGGGCACAGACAUGGGUGGGCCUGGGAGGGCACAGGCCCACCCACUUGGGAGACAGGCCCACCCACUGGGGAGCCAACCCACAAAAGGGCUUUAUUACAGACAGAAAUACUCCUCCGUUUCAUCAGCUGUCCGGGUGGCUGGUCUCAGACGAUCCGCAGGUGAGGAAGCCGGAUGUGGAGGUCCUGGGCUGGCGUGGUUGAACGUGAUCUGCGGUUGUGAGGCCAGUUGGAGGGACUGCCAAAUUCUCUAAAACGAAAUUGGAGGCAGCUUAUGGUAGGGUGAAUGUAUUAUCUUUGCAAAGGAGAAAUGCUCACUAACAGGGAUGUAAACAAAAUUGUGCACUAAAUUUGAGAGAAUCUUUUUGUGUGUAUGGAAGAUUUCUGGGAUCGUUUAUUUCAGCCCAUGAAACAUGGGACCAACACUUUACAUGUUGCAGUAAUAUUUUUGUUCAGUGUAUAUAUACAUUUUUCUGUUAAUCAGAAAACUUGGGGGGCCAAAUUAAACCACUGCACGCAGGCUGCCAGUUGGGGAACCCUGCCCUGCAGUAUAGCUCGCUCACUUACAAAACACCUGGAACAAUUCUAUGUAAUACACUUGAGACCAUGGCCACUAAGCACAUAGGGCAAGCAGCAGACUAUUUCCAGUAGACAAUGGCUGCUAGACACAUAGGGCAAACAGUUACCUAUUUCAGGUCAUUUCCCCCCAAAACAAGGCAAUAUUAGCAGAGACAACAUGUUCAAACAAGAGAUUGGUCUUUACCCAGCCCCAACCACCCACUCGACAAACAGAGAACAUUUUGAGGAAAUGUGACAGAAUAAUUACAUUAGCACAUUGAGCUGCAGUAUGACUCAUAUUUCUGUUGCCACUGUGUCCUGUGUGCCUCCCAAACACACCCUAUUCCCUAUGUUGUGCACUAUUAACUGUUGUUUAAAUCCCAGAUUGCCACUUUAACUGUGGCCACCAGAUUACUGGAAAUUGCAUCUGGAGAUGACUAAUUUGCAUUGGUUUCAGGUGCAACAUUUUCUCUGUCUCAAAUAUAUUGUGUCCUGCUAUCAAUAUGGAAUAGAUCAAUAAUAUAUGCAUCACUGGCUUGCGUCAUUAAGACCCAUAUGCCAUCGACCACAGCUAGAAGGGAGCCAGACUGAAAAAGGGCUCUGUGGUUUUCAAUUCAAUACUUAAUGACAUUUACUCAUUUCAUAUGACAGGACAGGAGACAAGCAGUGAGGCCUUUUGUCUUACUGUGUGAAUAGAAAAAGAAACCAGAUUUAUCAUGGUUCAACUAUACAUGUAGCCGAUUCUAAACUCAACGAUUUGCAUUGGAGUUGAGCGGCGACUAGUGUGGACUGACUGGAGCUCCGACGUCACAUAAAAUUGUUUUUUUUAAUUAAAAAAACAAUAAACAACGUUGUUCUGUGUAAUUGCAGGCUAUUCUUUGGGUGCUGAAAUCAGUUUGUUACAAAAAUAUUUUUGUGACGUCGGAGCACCAGUCUGCUCACACCAGCUGCUGCUCAACUCCAUCGUAAAUCGUGUUGAGUUUAGUCGGUUACUAUAUGGGACUAUUGAGCCCCAUAUUGGACGCGUCAUAAUACCCAUAAAACCUAGCAGUCAAACAUUGAAAUGGUUCCAGUUGUUUUUCCACCAUUCAUUUUAUCCAUUGUAGAUUUUAGAAACACUUCAAAUAAGGGCUGUGUUUCGUGUAGCCUUACCCUGGUGUGACAUUUUGAUAUCCAUUUAAAUCUCUCUCGGACAAGGUGGAUUUUAUCAAUAUAUUCGACUCUUUACUCUGAUUCAAAAAUGCUAAUUAGCAUCAAAGUAGACAUCAUCCAAGACUACAAAUCCAUGCAAGCUGCUGCACGUCAUCACACGUGGUCUGCGGUUGUGAGGCCGGUUGGACGUACUGCCAAAUUCUCUAAAACAACGUUGGAGGCGGCUUAUGUUCCUUUACGGUUCUUCAUCUCUGAACCACGUAUUUAGUCUGACUCUGACCCCCUCCUCCUCCUCUCCUCCCCCUCCUCCCCUCCCUCUUCUCUCCUCUCCCCUCCCUUUCUUGGCUCCUCUGUCUGUUGCCCUGGUUAUGGUUUUCAUUCAUGAUUUCGCUCUCAUCUCCCUCCCUCUUUCUCUACUUCUCUCUCUCGCUCCCUCUCUCUCUCUCUCUCUCUCUCUCUCUCUCUCUCUCUCUCUCUCGUUCUCUCCCUACCUCCUUCUGCCCUCCACCCACACGCUCAGAGCACCUCUGCAUGGCAGAGACGCUGACCUAUCCACCCACACACUGCGACACAUUCCCCCACUCUCACUAAUAUGUACUGUACAGACUCUCUCUUACACACAAAUACAAGCAUGCGUGCACACACACACUCUCUCUCACAUACACACACUGCACCACUCUCCCACCACACACACACAUAUGCACGAAAGCACCUCGCAUUCACUCUCUCAAAGACACCCACCCACACAGAGAUUCUCUCUCUUUGACCCAGCCAGCACCAUACCGUAUCACUGGCUUACUCAGUCUCAUACAUACACACACAACAGUACCACACACUGCACCAAAAAGCUGUCUGUCUCCGUGGAAAACGGAGCUACAUUACGUCCACACACUCUAAAGCAAACAUACCUUGCAUGAUUCCCCCCCCCCCCCCCCCACACACACACACACACAUUCUAACACUUACAGCACUGUGCUGCUAUGCAGUUUAUCACCUCACUGCUCUCACCUCACCUGUGAAACCAGCAUCAUUAAUUACUGUUGAUAUAGUAACCCUUUGAUGAAUCGCACACCAAUCCAAUGUAAGCAACAUGCAGCAUGUCGAUUCUGCAAACACAAAGAUAUUUAAUGCUUGUACAAGGCUGCAGUUUGUGUUUGCGCAAUGAUUUGAUUUGGAUCCUUACACUGAUCGUCGACCCACUUGUUGUUGUAGGUGCAUGUGUUUAUCCACACUGGCCACAUGAGGGCAGCAUGGACGAGUGCUUUUUAACUGGAAUUCCUCAAAAAGCUUGUUUCUCUCAAAUUCUGAGCACAAGUUUGUUUACAUCCCUAUUAGUGAGCAUUUCUCCUUUGCCAAGAUAAUCCAUCCACCUGACAGGUGUGGCAUAUCAAGAAGUUGAUUAAACAGCAUGAUUACACAGGUACACCUUGUGCUGGGGACAAUAAAAGGUAACUCUAAAAUGUGCAGUUUUGUCACACAACACCACAGAUGUCUCAAGUUUUGAGGGAGCCUGCAAAUGCUGACUGCAGGAAUGUCCACCAGAGCUGUUGCCAGAGAAUUGAGUGUUAAUUUAUCUACCAUAAGCCGCCUCCAAUGUCGUUUUAGAGAAUUUGGCAGUACUUCCAACUGGCAUCACAACUGCAGACCACGCCAGCCCAGGACCUCCACAUCCGGCUUCUUCGCCUGCGGGAUCGUCUGAGGGGGUGCUGAGUAGUAUUUCUGUCUGUAAUAAAGUCCUUUUGUGGGGAAAAACUCAUUCUGAUUGGCUGGGCCUGGCUCCCCAGUGUGUGGGCCUGGCUGCCAAAUGGGUGGGCCUAUGCCCUCCCAGGCCCACCCAUGGCUGCACCCCUACCCAGUCAUGGAAAAUUCAUAGAUUAGGGCCUAAUUUAUUUAUUUCAAUUGAUUGAUUUCCUUAAAUGAACUGUAACUCAGUAAAAUCUUUGAAAUUGUUGCAUGUUGCGUUUUAUAUUUUUGUUCAGUAAAGAUGCAAUAUGAUGCAUUUACAUGAUGACACUGUGUAAUUCCAUAUGGCGGCCAUGUUAGCUUCCCAUUAAAGUGUAUGCAUCUGGAGUCAAGUACCAAAGACUCUGUAUUUCCCUUAGUCAGCAGUGCUGUGGUUUUCCUGUUGAUCUGACCCACAGCACUACUAUUAAUACAAUUGUAGGACGAAUAGACGCUUGAUAUUGUGGUUUUCCUGCUGAUCUGCCACCCUUAUUUAUUUAUUUCACCAUUAUUUAAACAGGUAAGCCAGUUGAGAACAAGUUCUCAUUUACAACUGCGACCUGGCCAAGAUAAAGCAAAGACCCACAGCACUACUAUUAAUACGAUUAUAGGACGAAUAGACGCUUGAUCUCUACAGUAGUGUGACUAUGGCUCUGUGGCUGUAUUAUUUCGUAGCCUGUCAUUCUGUAUGGAUAUCAAUCGCUUGUGCAGUUGAUUAAGUGUAGCCUAUGUUAUCAGUAUCUGAUGACUGAUUUGUUGUGGGAAAACAUUCCCCAUAGGCACUAUGGUGGAGUAGGAGGUCAUCAUUGGUGACUGUAGAUCUGACUCAUACCUGCAAUCACCUAGAUGGUGGAGGAGGAAUUGUUAUCUCUCUGCAUCUACCUCUGUCUUCUCCUCUCUCCUCUCGUUGUAAUCAUUGAAACCCAAUGACCAAGAUAUCAUCUUUCUCCUUUCAGCGGGCAAAGUGACCACGUUCCCUGAAGUGGAUGAGGAGAUAGACUUCCUGUCCACCAUCAUCAGCCAACAGAAGGAGUCAGGGGUCAAACAUCCAGGUGAGAGGACAAACCUUUGGCUUUACAGUGCCAUACUUUUGACCAGAGCCCUAUGGUCUGCAGGUGCCCGGCCCGCCACAAGGAGUCACUAGAGCGCGAUGAGCCAAGUAAAGCCCCCCUGGCCAAACCCUCCCCUAACCCGGACGACGCUGGGCCAAUUGUGUGCCGCCCUAUGGGACCCCAGGUCACGGCCGGUUGUGACACAGCCUGGGAUCGAACCCGGGUCUGUAGUGAUGCCUUAGACCGCUGCACCACUCGGGAGGCCCGAUUGACAAAUGUUUUAAUUGCAUAGUAUUAGCAUAAUGUGACCAGAAUUACCAUAUAAUUUGCUAUAUUAGUAGUAUAGUUUUCCUUGAUAUCAAUUACCAUGAAUUCUCUCCUUUUUGUAUCUCCUAGCUCCUCUCUCUCAGGAUUUUUCCAAAGCCGAGGAGGAUGACAGAUCCAUGAUCCUCACCCAACAGCCUACCACAGAGCAGCCUGCGACACACAGCACCACUACAGCCCCGAAUAACACGACUACAGCCACCCCCACAAUGACAGCGCCCACCACCACCCACAUCCCAGCAGUUCGUAGAGGGCCCCUGAUCAUCCCUUACCCCUCCAACAAUCAUGUGUUUAUUGGCAUGUAACCUUCCUUAUUACUUUUUAUGUUUUGCUAAAUGCUUUCCUCUGUAUAUAUAUAUGAGUCCAGAACGUUCCAGUAUUAUCGACACAUUUCUCAUGGACAUUUUGAACAGGGGAACCAUUCUUCCCCAAUCUGAGGUUUUUCCACAUCCUGAUUAUCUUGUGAAAGCUGCAUUGACUUUAACUGCUCUAUGCUCUUAACUGAAGUUUCGAUUGCCCCAAAUGGCACCAUAUUCCCAGGGUGCAAUUUGGGAUGCACACAAACUUGUGAAUGGACUAUCUUUCCUGUCCCCCUUACUUCUCCUAGUCCAUGAAGUAACCCAGGCAGUGUCUGUUGUUCUUCUCUUCUGAUCUAUACCCUUUAAUAGAUAUGUCUUCCCUUUCCUCUACCAGCCGUUUCCAUCCUAUUUUCCUAACACCCUUUCUUUACCUCUUUACAGUCGUGACCAGUGUGUUUGUGGUCAUGGGAUCUGUGGCCUUGCUCUUGGCUGGCGUCUGUUGGAUCAGGUAAAAUUCUCCCUACAUCUGCAUCUUGGUCCAGUUGACUUUAGUUUGUUACAUGUUGUGUGGUGCUUUACAGUACAUUGACUUAACCGUUUUCUGAACGGACAGUUUGGUAUGUUUCUAGUAAUCACGUUGUUGCUUCGUUUUAGUGUACGUUUAAUGUGCUGAUUGUAAAUUGUAUGCACUUCAGUUGUAUAGACGAGUAGAGAUUUACUCAAUUUAACUGUUUUAGAGUCUCGACUGACUCAGUAUUAAUAAACAACUGAGGCUUAACUGGCUACAUGACAAUAUCUGUAAAAUGAUUACAAAGCAAAUUCAGGGAGAUUAGAUUUAUAUUGGUUUAAACUUUAAUCCAGGGCUCAAAACUGCGACCAAAAUCCUCACAUUUGCGACCCUUUGACUUGGCAGUGCGACACCAAUGUUUUUAGCUGGUUAUGUUUUUGGUUCACAAAUGUUUUUUUUGUUUUUUUAUCAAUAUUUAUUCAAACAUCAAUCGGUAUGCAACAAUGGGUAUGCAAACCAGGUAUUCAAAAAGUUUGAUCCAAAGUCUUAAUUGACUUUGCGAGGCGCUAUUCAGUCACCAUGCGCUGUUUGAAUGAACAUUUCAAAAGACCUUCCCCAAAAAACUUUUAGCGAACUCUGCCAUCACAUCAUGGCUACAUUGUACAGUACAAAACACCGCUAGCCAAACACAACUAUCUCUUCUGGUGUAGUUUAAGCAUUGUUCUGGACUUAAAAUAAAAUAUUUCAAAAGUGAAAACCUGAAAGAACUUGGAGAAACCAGGGAAAAUUUAAAUAGGGCCCUACAACUGUUCAAAAUCUCGAACAAUAAUACCCUUUUUGAGAUUGCGUAAAGGUUAAAUUUUUUCCCUCCAAACAAUCAAUGCAAAUAUGAUAUUGUCAAGUUAAAAUGUCAUUAUUUGUGUAUGGAGGGUAGGUCAUUAUAGGCUACUUGCUCAGCCCGCAAAUUUAAAGAUGACAUUUAUAUGAUGCGCGCAUCAUCUGCUUUACCGGGGCAGUAUUUUUUUAUUGUGGCUAGUAGCUUUCAGUUGGCACUGGCCCAGUGUGCCACUGGCAAAUUUACCUGAAUGUCAAGCCCUACAAGGGCAUGGUAAUUUAAAAGCUGGCUAGUCAUUAGCCUAGUUCUGUAUGGAAUGCAGGUACAAUAUGGGACACAGGUCAGGUCAGAAUUGGUGCCAUCAACUGAAAAAAGUUAGUCUGUAAUCUAUUCCAUGUUAUAACAAAUGCUGACAAAGAAGAAAUAACAUUUUACAAAAUAGAACCACAUUCAUCACAGUUGGAUGUCCAAUGUACAAUGUGCUGGGUAUAGCAUAGAACUAACUCUGAUGUCCCUGUAUCAUCUCAGGUUGCAGAGAGGUGUGCGUCUGGCUCAGAAGGUAGACUACCCUGCUUAUGGGGGUAUGAGGCCCCAUUCCUAUGACAACAAUGUGGUGAGUACAGCACACAAUCGCAUUACAAAGUCAUGGUUAUAAUAGAAAUCAUAGAAAUGUUAUUUUAGAAAAAAAUGUCCUAUGUUAUCUUUCAUGUUAAGUUUGUAUUUUUAUUUAUCUAUUUUAUUGCCUCUUGUUUGUUUUUAUCAUCAUUGUAUUGUUUUACUGUAAAGUGUGUUUCGAUUUUAAAUGCACUUUAAAUAAAGUUUGAUUUGAUUUGGCAACACAAUACCAUACUAAUCACAUUGAAACAAUCAAAUGUUCUGUACAAUAAUGUUCUAUUGAAACAGUCCCAAAUGGCACCCGUUUCCUAUAUAGUCUGGUCAAAAGUAAUGUACUGUGUAGGGAGUAGGGUGCCAUCUGGGACACAGAUAUUUUCUGGUGGAGUACCAUGCCCUCUAAUGUAAUCUUGUGCCCUGCCUGAAGCCUGGGGAUAAGAGGCUGGCUCAGAGUGCUCAGAUGUACCACUACCAACACCAGAAACAGCAGAUGCUCUCCCUUGAGAAGUGAGUCAUGCCCCUGGCCUUCUAGCUCCAGUCUGUCCGUCUUUCUGGUAACCAGACAUACAGUGGGGGAAAAAAGUAUUUGAUCCCCUGCUGAUUUUGUACGUUUGCCCACUGACAAAGUCAUGAUCAGUCUAUAAUUUUAAUGGUAGGUUUAUUUGAACAGUGAGAGACAGAAUAACAACAACAAAAUCCAGAAAAACGCAUAUCAAAAAUGUUAUAAAUUGAUUUGCAUUUUAAUGAGGGAAAUAAUUAUUUGACCCCUCUGCAAAACGUGACAGUACUUGGUGGCAAAACCCUUGUUGGCAAUCACAGAGGUCAGACGUUUCCAGGUUUGCACACAUCUCAGGAGAGAUUUUGUUCCACUCCUCUUUGCAGAUCUUCUCCAAGUCAUUAAGGUUUCGAGGCUGACGUUUGGCAACUCGAACCUUCAGCUCCCUCCACAGAAUUUCUAUGGGAUUAAGGUCUGGAGACUGGCUAGGCCACUCCAGGACCUUAAUGUGCCUCUUCUUGAGCCACUCCUUUGUUGCCUUGGCCGUGUGUUUUGGGUCAUUGUCAUGCUGGAAUACCCAUCCACGACCCAUUUUCAAUGCACUGGCUGAGGGAAGGAGGUUCUCACCCAAGAUUUGACGGUACAUGGCCCUGUCCAUCGUCCCUUUGAUGCGGUGAAGUUGUCCUGUCCCCUUAGCAGAAAAACACCCCCAAAGCAUAAUGUUUCCACCUCCGUGUUUGACGGUGGGGAUGGUGUUCUUGCGGUCAUAGGCAGCAUUCCUCCUCCUCCAAACACGGCGAGUUGAGUUGAUGCCAAAGAGCUUGAUUUUGGUCUCAUCUGACCACAACACUUUCACCCAGUUCUCCUCUGAAUCAUUCAGAUGUUCAUUGGCAAACUUCAGACGGCCCUGUAUAUGUGCUUUCUUGAGCAGGUGGACCUUGCGGGCGCUGCAGGAUUUCAGUCCUUCACGGCGUAGUGUGUUACCAAUUGUUUUCUUGGUGACUAUGGUCCCAGCAGCCUUGAGAUCAUUGACAAGAUCCUCCCGUGUAGUUCUGGGGUGAUUCCUCAAAGUUCUCAUGAUCAUUGCAACUCCACGAGGUGAGAUCUUGCAUGGAGCCCCAGGUCGAGGGAGAUUGACAGUUCUUUUGUGUUUCUUCCAUUUGCGAAUAAUCGCACCAACUGAUGUCACCUUCUCACCAAGCUGCUUGGCGAUGGUCUUGUAGCCCAUUCCAGCCUUGUGUAGGUCUACAGUCUUGUCCCUGACAUCCUUGGAGAGCUCUUUGGUCUUGGCCAUGGUGGAGAGUUUGGAAUCUGAUUGAUUGAUUGCUUCUGUGGACAGGUGUCUUUUAUACAGGUAACAAACUGAGAUUAGGAGCACUCCCUUUAAGAGUGUGCUCCUAAUCUCAGCUCGUUACCUGUAUAAAAGACACCUGGGAGCCAGAAAUCUUUCUGAUUGAGAGGGGGUCAAAUACUUAUUUCCCUCAUUAAAAUGCAAAUCAAUUUAUAACAUUUUUGACGUAUUUUUCUGGAUUUUGUUGUUGUUAUUCUCUAUCUCACUGUUCAAAUAAACCUACCAUUAAAAUUAUAGACUGAUAAUUUCUUUGUCAGUGGGCAAACGUACAAAAUCAGCAGGGGAUCAAAUACUUUUUUCCCUCACUGUCCCUGGCUGUCUGAAAAUGUUACUAGCUGUCAAUUCCUUGUUUCCUCCUUUGUAAAGCUACUUGGUGGCGCUCCAAUGUGUUUUAACAGGAAUUGAGGGGAAAAGGACAGCGGAAGAAAGCUUAUUAACGUUUCCAGACCCAGCCCAUGUCUCGCCUCUCCUUCUCCUCCCCUGUCCUCCUGUCAGUCUAUAUCAGGGUGAAUUGUGGGUUGUGGUGUGAUGUUUGGAUACCUCCAUGACUCAGUGUUCUGUUCUGUAUUUUUUCUUCUUCUCCAGACACAGGGAUGAACCCAAGGUGCCUGACUCUGGGGCCACGUCAGAUGAGGAGAAUGAGGAUGGGGAUUUCACGGUGUACGAGUGCCCUGGACUGGCCCCGGUAAGAGACAGAUGUACCUGGUGCACAUAUAGUGUACUGCAUAGACAUGCAGGACAGUAGCAGGCAUGGUAGAGGCAACGAUAUGACUGAUAUCCAAUAUAUAUUUACCUCCUAGUUUGAAUACAUUUUAGUUAAAUACUGUACAUUUAUAUUUUACACACAGUAGGCUACAGACCUCUCACUCUCUCGCACGCUCUCUCUCUCUCUCUCGCAUUUGCUUUAUUGGCAUGACGUAUUGAUACAUAUUGCCAAAGCACAAUGUUACAUUAGAAAAUAGAGCAAUUAACAACAGAAAAUGAACAGGGUAUGUAAAUCAGAACAGAAUUAUCAAGUAACAAUUUUAAUCUGGGGAGGGGGGAAAUAAAUGGACUAAAUACUACUAAUCAUAGUUAUAUAAACUACAUGUUCUUCCUCAUCUCAUGGCAGGUUGCCACUAACUCUCUCUCUCUCUCUUUAGACGGGGGAAAUGGAGGUGAAGAAUCCUUUGUUUGAUGAUUCCACCCUUUACCUUCAGCGGAGCCACAAGUAA